AUGGCAACUGCACCUUCAACAAAUAGUAAAAACCAACACAUGAGAUCAGCUCCUCUUACGCUCUUGGGGCAUAAUGGAUCGAUGGUCUCUGUUAUGGAAUAUCUAAAUUUAACAGUGUCGCCAUUUUCACUACCGUCUCUAGCCGUCAUGUUGAUCGUCAUGGCAACCUUAGUCUUCGCUUUGGCAUUUGUAAAUAAGUAUGCAGGCAAUAAUAAUGCCUUACAGCAAAUCUCCCAGCGAUUGAGCGAGAAGCUUGGAUUGUACAUGGCUGGAUCCAUGGUCGGCGAGUAUACUAAGAGAAUAUUCAAUGCAUGGACAACAUCAAGGCAGGAAAGCAUAUCAACAACAAAUAGAGAUGAGAAAAGUACAAUCGAGGGUUUGUCAACAUCAUUCUCAUCAUCUACGCUUCCAACACAUAAUACAACACAAAAAAAGGAUUCUGCUUCUCAACUAUCAGCCUCACAUAGACGGCAGAAUUCUCGUUUAAAACCUCAAGCGCAAGACAUUGAUUUCAAUCCAAUACCAACUAUAAAUAAUACUUCAUCAGUGCCGGCGAUUGAUUGCUACUCUUUGGAGGACAAUCCAUCUGCUGGUCAUGAUGAUGUGAAAGCAACCUUCACUAUUGAUGUUGCUGAACCGGGGCAUCCUGAAGUAGAAACUCAGAAGAAUGUUAAUAGUGAAAAUAAAGAUAUUAAUGGUAACAAUGAUGCUGAUGGUAGAUAUAAUGACAGUGUAUAUGAAGGUCAUUCUAACAUACAAACACCGUCAUUAAAUCCCACUGAACAACUAAUUGAUUCGAAUGCAAAAGACACUUCUGUAACAGGUGAGAAGGCAUCUAUUCAAACAAGUAUAACAGCGCAAUCCGAUAGUAACUAUGCGUCGACCGACUAUGGCAUGACUACCCAACAUCAAGAAACUGAUGGUGAGGUUGAAAGUAUUAUAUCAGAUGAUCACUCUGAAUCAAAUUCAAUUAGAUCAGUCUCAGUACAAUCAUCACUCGAGUCUAAGUCAUCUCCGCGAUCAACUCAGGAUGCCUCCACUAAAAGGCGCCGCAGAAGAAGAACGAGAGGCAAAGGAAACAAACAAAGAGCGCAUCAGGGACAACAGCAUCCAGAGAGUCAACGUGAUCAGAAGCACGAAACUCAAAUGGCACAAUCAAUUAAACAUGAUAUCGGACAGCAAUUGAUAAAUAAACGCUUAUCUGCUGGAUACCAAAGCACCAAUACGAGCAGUAGUCGAAGGCAUAACACUUUUCGCAGGUCACCUGAUCCAUUAUGGAAGCCAAGCGUUCCUAGUCCGUCUCACAAUCCUAUAGGAACGUCUGCGUCGCAAUCGCCCAUUCUCAGGUAUCCUUCAUAUGCUGACGUCAUAUCUCCCAACAGCGAUCGAACCACUCCAAAUACAUUCCCAAUAACACUGUUCAACGGAAUGACCGGAGCGCCACCCGAAAUGACGACCACAGAUACAACCAAGGAUAGAAACAAUACUAGCUCGAGUUCACAAUGGUAUUCGCCCUUUCAAUCUGGUCUAUCGAUACAACUCACUCCGCCUGCCUCUCCCCCCGAAGCUCAUAAACAAUUGCCCGGAACUGGAAAGGGUGAAUCUGUAUCUACGUUUUCGUUCUUCUCUGGAUUGUCUGGUACGUCAUCCGUUUCGGUUAAAGACAAGUAUCGUACAGGCGUUCAUCAAUAUACGCAUUCAAGCAAUGGAUAUGACUCCAUAUUGUCCAACACUCUGAAUACGUUUACACCGUUUGCGAAUAAUGUUUUUGCUCAACCAUCAGCCAUCAAUCAUUAUGACAUACCUGCUAUUAAUCAGUCGUUUACUGGUUCGUUUUUUAAACGACGCAUGCCUUUGGUUGAUCAGGAAAAAGGAGAAUAUUCAGGUGAGGAUGAAGAUAAUCUGCUAUGGAAUGCAGGAAAAGGGAUACAUACCGGAGUGAUGGAUGAGCGAAAAGAGAAUAUGAGAUGGGAUGCGAAGCCGGAUGAAGGAUUUAUAAAAUCCCGAGAGAGAAGUCGUAGACGAAAAGAGAAACAAUGGCAAGGACGUCUCAACCUUGGGGGUGAUAAGCAGCAGAGUGGAAGCAGCGAGAGACGAUCUAGCAACGACCAACAACGACCGAAGCAACAGCUAUCGCAAAGGUCGCAACUACAAGAACCAAGUUCUUUUUCUUUAUUUGAAGAUAAAAAUAGAUAA